UGAUUGCAUCGCCCGAUCAUUGACGAUAGCUUCAAUGCCCCGUACAAAUUCGAAACGCUUGAUUUUUGAUUACAUUGAGGUACCACCAUUCUCGGAAUACGUUUUGAUGAGAGAGCCCGAGUCUAACCCCAUCGAUGGUGACUCCUGGGUAUUGAUGGGUGACGUAAUUAAUGAUGGGCCUCAAGGCUCCCGAGAUGAGUGUUCUUAGGCGGCUUCCGGUACGUACUGUGUCCUGCUUCGCCUUGGGUCACUGCAAAUCCCCAUUUCCAGUUGAUGCAUCUGCAAAAGCAAGCAACUGCAGGACCAACACCAAUCAGAUAAAAUUAGGUGUGCGGGAAACUACCCCACCCUUAGGUCCUUCGAUUUCGUUGCUCGGGCAUAGAUUACAUUGUUCACUUUAACUGUCUCCUUUUCCACUAUUCGUAGUUGCUUGAUUGCCUAUGGCAGCUUAGCCGUCUGAGAAACCAACAUGUCGCUGAUCCCUCCGAGCGCGCGCGAUGGCUGGUCCUAUUCGGGCGACUUCCAUGUGGAAGCCAGCGGCAACAAUCGUCAUCGCCGCGCGACCAUCCCGGAGCUUAAGGCGGUAUUUGAUGGCACCGACGGCCAAAAAGACCGCCCAGGUCAUUGGUAUGAGGCGCAACUCAUUCACUACGGCCUACCGCCAUCCAAGACCAAAGGGACUGCCAAGAUGAGGCUCUUCGACGCUGUCGGCAAGGGAAACCUGGCCGUGCCGGCUCAUAUUCUCAAGGUGGAAACAGAGUUGAAAAGGGAGUGGAACAAGCGGGAGCGUGAAGCGAAGCAGGCCGCGAAGAAGUCACUGACAUCGGCCACGAAUGCAACUGUUAAGAAAUCCAACAAGCGCAAAGCAGAUGAUGCUCCAGGCGGAACCUCGGGGACCAAUGUCAACAUCAACUUCAAUUUAUCUAUUGGGCCCCAGGGCAACGUCCAAAUUGGACCGACUGGGCCGACUGGGCCGACGGCAAAGAAGGCCAAAACGACGCCUGCCACCAAAAAGCCAACCUCCAAGACGUCGACCCCGACUCCGGCUACGAAGACGGCUCCGCCUAAGAAACAGACAGCUCGACGUGGUACCUCUCGGGCAGAGGCUCCCAAGUCGGCCUCGUCCCGCGCUACGUCUGCUGCGUCGGCCGCAGCCGACAAGCCAGCUCCCCGACAGACGGCACGGCGUUCUCGCCCCUUCAACAGAGCUAGCCAGAGCCGCCCGGCAGCGGCCAGCCCCCAAGCGCCUCGGUUUGACGCCACUCCCUCUCAAUGGGACUCGGCCGACAGCCCUCCACCGCCCUACCCCGGGUCACCAUCGUAUUUGGGGGACAACGACAGGGACGAUGACUCCCGUCUGUCGGGACUGCCUCCGUUGGGCCUGUUGAACGGCCGGUACCAGCUGCGCUGCACCGGCCCGACCGCAUACGCCGACGACGGACAUGACUCGGGCAUAAUCUUCACGCUCGACGGCGACGCCUUAUGGGGCUCUUUUGAGAUUGGCCCCUUGAAUGGCAUUCUCCGUCUAGACGAGCGCCCUUGGUCGUCUUCGUACCAAGCUCUGCCCUUUGAGUGGCGUGGAGAGGAUACCCAGGGUGGUGUGCACGCCGAGGCCAACGACGGGAGCUACAUCAAGUUUCUCGGAAAUGGCGAGGUUGUCGGGGGAAUCGGCUUCUAUAACACAAUGCUCGAGUUUGACGGAUUUCGUGUUAGUGGUCAGGAUACACGCAGCGAGGUCAGCGCAUUCUCGAUGCGGUGGCAGUGGAGCGAGCGGCAGUUGUAACGUGCUCCCACUAGGUUGGUAGUGAGGAUUAUAAGUGGUUCCUCAUGUAUGAUCGCAUGUUAGCGCCAGAGGGACAGAGCUGGUCUUCGAAUAAGUACCCUCUGUCCCCCUGAACGGAGUGACGUCAUUGCCUAAGAGCCGCGGGAGGUGUUUUAGAUUAGUACACAUUACUUCGAAGGUUACCGAGCUCUUCCCCAGGCCGGGCUACCUAGAUCGAGCGCGGGGAACAAAAUCCAUAAUUCAAGUGGCUCUCAGAAGCCUACAACAUGAA